AUGAUCACCCGGAACUGGUACAGAGUCUGGCCUCCAAACGAUCACUACUGCUACUCCGCAAUUGCAUCAAGACAGUCUGACACCACGUAUCACAAUCACCGGUGGCAUCGGCACAUUGGGAUUGAGCUCACCAACCUUCGAAAUAACAUCUUGCUCAACAGUGACAAGAAGGACGUGAUCAACAGAUUGGAAGAUCUGCAUGACGCCGGCUUUGCCAAUAAUGAAACCUGGCCUGAUCAAGCAUCCACCAAGGGCCUCGAGACCAUCAAGCAAGACAUCACCAACGCUCUCAGUGACAUACAAACCCAGGUUACCGAUAACCUGGGAAUCCUCACCACCUUUGAUGAGGCAGCUCUCAAACAGUUCGAAGCGGUGAAGGAGAAUCUCACACAGCUCUGCGAGGCCAUCAAAACUGAAGGCACAUACGGCGUGGAUAAUCUCAGGGCAUUGCUCAAUACGACGAUAAAGGAGAAAUUGGCGCGUAUUAAGAACAAACUUGGUGAGCUACAAACCUUUGAUUUAAGCGCUGCAAUCAGGGAUGCUGAGAACUUCCUCACCAGCGCCGAUCCAACAGCCCAGGCAACAAUCACGUCAAUCAGAGGCGUAGUAAGCUCCAACGUCGAAGAAGCCCAGAACGAUCUCAUCACCCAAGUCAACAAGAACUACGUCACGUCAGUGAAAGCCAUUCUGCUAGAGUUCGCGGAGAAAGCCGAGAAGGAGUUGGCGCCUCUACCUAAGGAAAUCACCGACGAUUUGGACAUCGGUUACAAGGGGUUCAUGAACAAGAUGGAACAUACGUUUAUUGCGAGAGUUAAGAGAAUCGAUGCUGUUGACCCCCAAAAUCUCGCAGAUGAAGGUUCUUCAUUGAGCAAAGUGUCAUCUAUUUUCAAAGGAGCAGUAAGUGCGUUCUUCAUCAAGUUGCAAAAUCAAGACGCAUUCAAGGCCGACUUCAGCAGAAUCAGACCUUCGUACAACGCUCUGACUAACAUGCUCACCAAGCUAGAGACAUCAACGUAUUUCGAUGACAAAUUCAGUACCAAUCUAGACACCCUCAAUAAUGCCGUCACUGCCUUCAAACCCUCUACCUACGGCGCAGCCAAGUGCCCCUUACUCCUCAAUGCUCUAAAAGCAGGCUUCACCCCCCUCGUCGAGGAGCUCAAAAAGGCCUACGUUUCGACGUACUCUUUGAGGACCAUCGAAUGGGAGAAACUCACCGAGGCGGAAAGUAGAAACUACGCCAAAAUCUGUCUCACCAUCACGCCCAUCUUAUAUCAAGAAUUAACUACUCUAAAGCACGGACUUGAUAUUUAUGAUUGGACGACCUACAGAAUAUACAAUUCGUCGGAUCAUACCUCCAGCCUCCACGCUCUCUUCUUCCGCGACAACGGGUAUGACGUCCAUCGUCCUGAGAACGCUGAGCACGGCGAACUAAAUCACAGAAAAGACUUCAAUGGUAGCAGCAUUCUCAAACACCUAACAAAUCAAACGCAUAAUUUGUUCAGUCAACAGUCAUCUCCCGUCACCGACAUUCCUCGAUCGGCAUCCGGGUCGGACGAGCUUGAUGUAACCGUCGCGGAGGAGAGCGGUCUCAUCCGAAAACUCUAUGAUCUCUUAAAAACGUACUUCAGUGUAUGCCACCUUACCCGUGUUGAUAAACCCCGGGCUCCACGCUCCGUUUACGAAAUCCUUGUCUGGUGUAACGGCCUGCAGUUCAACCCCGUGUACGAAAAGCUCAAGGCGCAAGUUAAAUCUGAGUUCAUGAAGGAGGACAAGCAAAGGCCGGGUACUAAAACGCUGCAGCUUUUCGAUGCGCACCCAUCUCCAGUCAAAUACACUGACGUUGUCGACGAGCUCUACAAUGUGUCUGCCAACUCCCACGCCGUCCUCACCGCUAUCCUAGGCCACGGUCACAAGGACGGAAUCUACGCGUGUGAGUUCUCCGACAACUCGCUUAAAUUAGAUUACCCUAGCAACAUGAUCCAGUUGCUGUGUACGUUGUUCGACCUGCUCAAGCGCCUCUACCACCAGCUGUACUUCCUGCUGCAGCGGUGUCAACUUACAACUCAGCUCAGCGGCUGGAGGGAGUGCCACUACGGCAGGUACAUCGGUGGGUCGGGCUGGCAGUGCAACACGAAGCAGUGCCCUAAGCAAGACUGCAAUGAAAAGCACGACCAAAGUGGCAACCAAACGGGUGAGCAAUUUCCCAACUGCGGCGUCAAGUCGCCACUGCAAUCGUUUUUGGAGGACGGUCUGAAAGGCCACCUGCCGCAUUCGGUAGCGGCUAGGGGAUCGAGUCUGUCAUGUGGCACGUGUGGCAAUACACCUGGUAUGCCGUGCAGAACGCCAAUGGGCUUCGCUGACAUUGGUGCCAUCGCGUCGCAUACGAUGAUUGGCCAGAAUAUACGCGAAGUGCUUUACGAUUUUUGUGGGCGUCCGAAUUCCCCGCUCACUAGACUGUGCGGUUACCUCAACUGCCUUUUGCCUAGUGCACCGAAAACCCUGGCGGACAUGUUCAGCUUCUACUAUCACCUCACCGAUCGCUGGGGUAUGCACGGUCAAACGCAUAAACAACUGGCAUUUACAGAGAAAGUCACCGCUGCCAAUUUUGGGCGUCCUUAUGGUGAUUUAAAAGUCUACCACUUAUUUACCCCUAGUCACUCAGCAUUGAAGAAGGGCCACUCCGAUGGCAGCCUGGGCAGUCUCGUAUGCUCAUCGAGGGACUCCGUCGUAUGCGGUCCUUAUCUGCGUCCCAUCGGUCACGCCAUCUACGAGACGUUCUCGUCGAAACACGCCGAUAAGUACUUGUCGUGGAUCGUUUACCUGACGGCGACGUUCUACGAUCUGCUGAAGAAACUGUACGAUGAGUGCAACUCUAAAUGCGGUGCCAGGGGAUCGAAUUGCCAUGGAAAAGCGUGCAUCAAAGAAUGUAGAACUACAUCUAAACAUGAUCCGCCACGACAUCACGAUGCCAAAUGCAAAUCCAUUGUAAAGUGCAAUUCCACGCUGCCGACAUUGGCGAAGUACGGCUUCGUUCUCGGCGAUCCAGAGAGGCUGAACGGAAGUGCAGGCAUUGAGAAAAAACGCACGUGCAGAGAUUUCUGUACAGUAUUCGCGGAGUCAUUUGAGAAGGACUCACAUCUUGUGCAGUUAUUCAAAGCCAUUGAUAAUUUCAUGUUCACCAUCCGCUCACCGUUCCUGUGGAUGACCGUGGCGCUCUGGUCGCUGUCCCUCUUCUACCUCAUCUGCGUAAUGGUUGGCAGACUGGAUGUGCUCCACAUACGCUCACACCUGAGGAUACCGUCGUCUCACAAGAUAAUGGCGCAAUCAUUGUUGGCUGCAGCACGUGUCGGCAAUGUUGCCAAGAUAUCGUAUCUACAACCGUAA